GUAAAGCUGCCGUGUAAUCCGCACAGUCGACACAAAAUCAGAGCGACGUCUCACACACUUUGGACGACAUGCUCGCUGUCAAGUGAGGGCCAGGGAGCUGAGAGUCUUACGAUUUUUCGAUCUUGUUUUGAUAACCAGACCAGCAACGUCACCAUUUUUUAACAAUCUUCCUCGUCCUCAUCAUCAUCGCAAAGGCAGAACCAUGAAAAAGGGAAAGCAGGUCAACACUGACAAUGAACCACCGUCAUAUCAGGAAGCGACUGCGGGCUAUGAGGAGAUGCAGGCCCAGUUUUCCUGGGAUGACCAGACCAUCAGGCAGACUUUCAUCAGGAAGGUCUAUGCCAUUCUCAUGGUCCAGCUCUUAGUGACCGUGGCAAUAGUUGCCCUCUUCACAUUUUGCGCACCUGUAAGGUUCUUCAUUCAGACUCAUCCUAGCUUGUACAUGGCAUCUUACCUCAUGUUCUUCGCCACUUACAUCGCUCUGUCCUGCUGUGGGGACUUGAGGAGGCAGGUUCCUUGGAACAUCAUUUUGUUAGUUCUCUUUACUUUAAGCAUGGCCUUCAUGAUGGGAUUUGUGUCGAGCUUUUACAACACCAAAUCAGUGGUUCUGUGUUUGGGAAUCACCUCCCUCGUGUGCUUUUCUGUAACCGUCUUCAGCUUCCAAAGCAAGAUUGACGUGACUUCCUGUCAGGGCGUCCUGUUUUCGUUGUGUAUGGUCAUGUUGCUGUGCGCCAUAACCCUCUCAGUCGUCGUCCCCUUUGGAUAUGUCCCCUGGUUACAUGCCAUUUAUGCAGUCUUAGGAGCCAUCCUCUUCACUCUGUUCCUGGCAUUCGACACUCAAAUGCUGUUGGGGAACAAGCGCUUCAGCAUCAGUCCAGAAGAAUAUGUGUUUGCCACACUCAGCAUCUACCUGGACAUCAUCUACCUGUUCAGCUUCCUGUUACAGAUCAUGGGAGGAGGUCGUGACUGAAGCGCUUCCUCGUAUCCACGCAUUGUUUAGGUCUGCUGAACUCUCCUUCAAGUCAACAGGAAUUUAUCAAACGUAAAAAAAAAAAAACUCAACACAUUUUACCUUUGUAAGUUGUCAACCUUGUGAGUGAGUGUGUGUGCACAUUGUGUGACUAUUUGACUUGUGUAAUUUGUGACAUAAUAGCUGACUCUAAUACUCCUCUGGUUGGAUAGGAUAAGGUAUUACAGUCAUCUGUGAUGAGCUCUCCUUAAAUUCCAAAAGUAUAGUAUCCAGUGAGGGCUAAUGUAAGUUAACAGUGAACAUCUCGCAAGUUUGGCAGGGUUGCGUUAUUGUUCAUGACCACUUAUUCUGUGCAGAAUGUGUUAUACCUGUUUUGGCUUUUAACAUUUAAUGUGUUUCAUUCAUGAAGAGCAAAUGUGUUGUAGGAACAUACAUAAACGUAAUGCCAAUCAUAGUUGAUGAUGUCAUGAUGAUGUACAGUGCUGUGAAAAAGUAUUGGCCCCCUUCUCAAAUUCUUAUAUUUUUGCAUAGUUUCUCCACUUUAAGAUCAUCAAACAAAUGUAAAUAUCAGACAAAUCUAACCCAAGUAAAAAAUGCUGUUUUUAAAUUAUUUCUUUUAUUAAGGAAAAAAAAAACUAUUCAAAGUUACCUGGCCCUAUGUGAAAAAGUAAUUGCCCCCUUGUUAAAUCAUGAAUUCGUUGUGGCUAAUCACUAUUUUUGACACCCAAGCCUGAUUACCUCCAGACAUGUUCAAUCAAGAAAUCACUUAAACAGAAUCUGUCCCGACAAGUCAGAUCUAAAAAAGCUGCAACAAAAUGACACAAUCCAAAGAAAUGUCAGAACAGUCGAGAAAUAGAAUUUGACAUCUAUCAGUCUGGAAAGGGUUACAAAAAAAAAAUUUCUAAAGCUUUAGGAUUCCAGCGAACCACAGGGAGAGCCAUUAUCCUCACAUGGAGAAAACAUGGAGCAUUGGUGAACCUUCCCAGGAGUGGCCGGCCUACAAAGAUUACCCCAAGAGAACAGCAAUGACUCAUCCAGGAGACCACAAAGGAACUCAGGACAACAUCUAAAGAAUUGCAGGCCUCCCUUUCCUCAGUUAAGGUCAGUGCUCAUGACACAGCAAUAAGGAAGAGACUGGGCAAAAAUGGCAUCCAUGGCAGAGUUCCAAGGCGAAAACCACUGCUGACCAAAAAGAACAUAAAGGAUCGUCUUACUUCUGCAAAAAAAAAAAAAACAUCUGAAUGGUUCCCAAGAUUUUUGUGAAAAUAUUAUAAGGACUGACGAUAUGAAAGUUGAGCUUUUUGGAAGGUAUGUGUUUCGUUACUUCUGGUGUAAAGGUAGCACAGCAUUUCAGAAAAAGAAAAUCAUAAAAACAGUCAAAACGUGGUGGUAGUGUCAUGGUCUUGUGCUGCUUUAUAACUUCAAGACCUGGACAACUUGCUGUGAAUGAUGGAACCAUGAAUUCUGCUCUUUCGCAAAAAAUCCUGAAGGAGAAUCUUCAGCCAUCAGUUUGGAAUGGGGUUUUGGAGUGGCCUCGUCAAAGUCCAGACUUGAAUCUGAUUGAAAUUCAGCGGCAUGACCUUAAAAAGGCCAUUCAUGCUCGGAAACCCUCAAUUUUUGCUGAAUUUAAACAAUUCUGCAAGGAAGAGUGGGCCAAAAUAUUUCCACAGAGAUGUGAAAGACUCAUUGCCAGUUAUAGAAAAUGCUUGAUUUCAGUUGUUGCUGCUGAGUUUGGCCCAACCAGUUAUUAGGUUUACUUUUUCACACAGGGCCAGGUAACUUGUAAUAGUAUUUUUCCUUCAUAAAUGAAAUCAACAUUUAAAAACCAUUUAAAUUCACUUGGUUUAUAUUUGUCUGAUAUUUGUUUGAUGAUCUUAAACAUUAAAGAGGAGAAAUUAUGCAAAAAUAUAAGAAUUUGAGAAGGGGGCCAAUACUUUUUCACAGCACUGUAAAUUGAAAGUGAGUAUUUAAUAUAAACAGUACAGUGGUAUUUUUAUUUGCUACACAUUACUAUUUUUAUAUUUUUUAAAAAUGAUGUGAUGUUGAGAUUAAAAGAAAAGACCCCAAAAUUUGAAUUCCCUUGCCUUAAUGUGAUGUGCUGAAUAUCACUGCAUAGUAGUUUGGUUUGUGUAUUCUAUGACAAAAUUACAUUUCUCCACAUUAUUUCAAUCUACAACAAUUUUCUAUAUUAAUUAGGGACGCUGAUGAGCUUUGAGCUCUGAGUCUUUCCCAGCUGCCGUUGGGCAAAAGGUAAGCUACACACACUCAUACACUUACGCUCAUGCCUAUGGAAAGUUUAAGAGAUUUCAAUUAACAAACAUUGGAAUUUGGAGAAAAGCCACGCAAGCCCGAACACGUGGCAUAGGGACAAUAUGCAAACUUCACACAGGAGGGAAAGGCAAGAUUCAAACCCUGAACCUUGCGACUGUGGGGCAGAUGUGCUAGACUAUCAUGCUGCCAUUAUUUUUUAUUAUUAUUAUUUUUAACUCCCAAAAAUAUUUUCCCAGCUUUAUGUUUAUAGUACACAGCAAAAGUCCUUUUUUAAAAAGUUGUUGCAAUAGACGAGAAAUUAAGGUUUACUUCAAAGUUUGACCAAUCAUAUGAUUAGGAGGCAAAAUGUUACUUUUCAUGAGCUCAAAUCCUACCAGGCUAUGAUUUGUAAAUUGCUUUAAAAACAAAAUAACUUGGUUUUGGAAGGGAUACGCUUUAUAAAGUCCUCAAUUGUGUUUAAUUAAUUUGUGAUUAAAGGUGUCUUGAAGCAAUGGAGGCAAAAUGGAGUGUACUACUUCGCUGCAACUUGCAGAGGCGCUGUGGAAACAGUCUCAGUUAUGUGUGGUCAGCUAUGACACAAAUACACCAGCAUGGGAACAGGAGUGAAGAACACUGAGAGCACUUUAAUUUCAUAAUCAAUCCAUCCAUCCAUUUUCUGUACCGCUUAUCCUCACUAGGGUCGCGGGUAAUUUCAUAAUAUUUAAGAUAUAAUUAAUGACCAUUGUUAUUGAUCAAGCUGGCACGGUGGACGACUGCUUAGCACAUCUGCCUCACAGUUCUGGGGACCGGGGUUCAAAUCCCAGCCCCGCCUGUGUGGAGUUUGCAUGUUCUCCCCGUGCCUGGGUGGGUUUUCUCCGGGCACUCCGGUGUCCUCCCACAUCCCAAAAACAUACAUGGUAGGUUAAUUAAAAACUCUAAAUUGCCCGUAGGUAUGAACGUGAGUGUGAAUAGUUAUUUGUUUAUAUGUGCCCUGUGAUUGGCUGGCGACCGGUUCAGGGUGUACCCCGCCUGCCGCUCAAAGAUAGCUGGGAUAGGCACCAGCAGCCCGCGACCCAAGUGAGGAUAAGCGGUGAAGAAAAUGGAUGGAUGGAUGUUAUUGAUCAAGGAAAUUAGUCAGAUGCUCAUCCCUACUUAAUAUUACAUCUCUACAGCUGUCUUGAUAACUUACUUUUUUUAAGGCAGUAAUUGCAAGAGGUUGUUUUAGGCCCUCUGUAAGGGGUGUUAGACUUAAAUCUGCUGACAAUAAUAAAGUGUAGACCACCCACGAUAAUUGUAAUCAUUGGAACAAGGCUUUUUAUUUAAAAAAAAAAAAAAAAGAAAGUACAAUGGACAUUUUUAAAUUCAAAGAGAAAACCAAGACAGAAGGAAAAUAUUUUCUAAAAUCAAUUUAAAAAAAACAAAAACAAAAAAAACAACAACAAGUAACAGACCAUUUUAUAAACUCUGGCACAAGAAGACAACAGUAGCCAAGUGGCUCUGCAAAAUAACCAAAUAUCAAAAGCUCUUUCCUCUAACAAAACUGUACAAAAUGAGUUCAUGUAUAAAUAAGAAAACUGUUCACAAGCAGGAGGUGGGAGGCAACCAGUGCAUUUUCAAAAUCUCUCUGAUUCAUACAGUGUUUUUAUUUUUUCAAUUUUGUUAUCAUUUCUACAAUUGAAUAUGUAAAAUUGUGUAAAUUGUAGAGUCUUCAAUGUAUUCCCAAAAGUAAAGAUUUAGAAAAUGCAGACACAGCGACAACCUACAACCUGUUGAGAAAUCCUGUUUUAGCAGCAAAACAUUUUGAAGCUAUGAAAUAAUCCAUCAAUCUCUUUAAGGAUGACUUUUAUCAAAUUGGUGUAAGUACAAAUAAGUGCAUGGAGAGAAACUGUGGACCAUUCAUCAGAAUAAAGUAUGAUUUACUACAAUUCAAAGUAAUUUUACAUGAUGCAAAUUCCUUUUCCAGCAUCAUAAAUAAAAUGUAACGUUAGGUUUGAUUGUAAUUUGGUAGAAAACGAUCAAAUAAAUAAACACUGCAUUGUAACAAAGUAGUCAUUUCAUAGUUCCAAAAUCCUUUUUUGUGUGUGUGUGUGUGUUCAAAGAUGAUAUUAACACAUCAUCAUUUCUCUCAUAUAAACAUUUUCCAUGACAUACUCCUUCAUGGCGUGUUUGAUUCCGACAACUUGCUAGUCACUGCGUGAUCUGGACAUUUUAUAAAACAAAAAAUAAGUCAUGAAAACACACUCACACAAGAAACAAAAUUGUGUAAAGAAAAAGUGAAAAUAAAGACUAUUUACAAAAUAUGCUCUCUCAAGUUGCACGGGGUGCUCCUCCUGGAAGCCUGGUAAACCCCCUAAAGUUUCAGUAGGACAUGCAGCCAUUCCUUGUAUACUGUGUAUAAGAAUGGAACUUCCUAUAUAGCUCACGCAUGGAAACAAAACCACUUUGGAUUCUGAGGGCAUGGAAACGCUGUUAUCCUUCCGAGUCAUUCAGUAUUGAUAAAAGCAGUUUGUCCAGCUUUCCUCGCACGUCUUGUUGAGAGCAACGUAUGAACGUGAAUGUGUGGUUGACAACAACAUCUUUGGUUGCACAAAUGAACAACGUAGCACGCAAAACAUACAUGUAACAAACGCACAUACACACAGACGAAAAAAAAAAAGAGUCAGCGUGUUUUCACUGGAUCCAAACCUGAUGAACAGGAAGAAAAGCUUAGCUCCGACCGACCAAAGAUAAUUGUUAACUCGAUUGGUUUCCAACAAGUUGGUUGCCGUCUCAUGUAGUGACAAUCCCUUGGGAUUUUUAGGCAGUUCACACAAAGAAAGAACAUUACGGCUUUGCUGAAAUUCGGAUUUCCAGAUUACUUUGGAUCAUUCACAAAUCAAAGACAUUAAUGCCCCUUUUCCAUGGAAUGGUACUUACACGGCUCUACUCGCUUAUUGACACUUUGCUGUUUGCAAAAGAAGAUAUUACCUGGUACUGUUUUGAAUACUGCUCACUUGGUCGAGCACAUUCGAAAUUACUGCGUCAUUAGCAUCUUCCACACAGAGAACCCGCAAGAUUGCGGCAUCAGAGCUAAGAUUGGGCAUUGAUCCGCCUGUGCCUUUUACAUAGAAUCCAACAGAACAGGAUAUUGCCACAACUGAGUGGGCUUUCACACAACAACACGGCAUGCCGCAAUAAGAUAACUACAUGCGUGUUUGGUAAACCCGACACAUGAUCUACUGUUGAUUUCUAAAGAACAGAAAGGGGUAGAAAAAAAACUUUUUUUCUGGGGAAAGAAGAGAGUCUACUCUUUCUUCGGGUAGGUUUGGUGCUCAUAUUGUCACAGAACACAAUAUUUUGCGGGUCUUGAAACCUCAGUCAAAAAUGCCCUAUAACAAACAGCUUGCAAUAUGGGGAGCUCUGCUUUGAAAACGGCUGGCAGUGAAUAAGUUAAUGAUCCGUGUUUUUUGCAGUUUUACGUGUACUAUUUUGAGGUGGAAAACCAAUCGCCCCAAACCAACACAAGUAAAACCAAGCCUUUCUGGUACUGUGCAGAGGAAAAGGGGCAUAGAUACCCUCUCUAUUGGCACUCUCACGGUCGGGUCUAGUGAUCAAUGUUCAUAAAACCAACAUGUUUACAGUGUAUGAUGUGUGCAUAAAUGAAAGCUUGUGUGCAUGCAAGGGCUUGUAGUAUGGUCAAAGCCUCAUCUUGACCUACAACACUGAUUCACCGUCACUAUGAAUGUUUUGAGUCAGCAAACAAAGUCAGUUUGGUUAAGCUCUUCACUUGAAAAGGCUUCUUUUUCUUUCUCUUUUUUUUUUUUUUU